UACUCCGAGUUCUCGUAAAGUUUGCCCGCGUACCGGUUACGCAGUUUACGCGUGUAAUAACGGAAAUUAUUCACAUCGUACUAGCAAACGUUUCUUGCAUCUUGUGAACUCAAAGAUUUCGUCUUGUGGAGCACCGUUUUGAGAAACUGAUCAAGAUGGCCGACGUAUCGGAGGAAGUGCCGAUCAAGGAUGCCGCGACAGCAAUCUCUCAGGGUAAACGCCACCUCCUGGUACGCGAUUAUCAUCUCGCAGUAGCCGUCUUAGCUCGUGCGUGCGAGCUUCUUGCUCAGGAGCAUGGAGAGACCGGCGACGAGAUGGGUGAACUCUAUCUACUUUACGGACGAGCUCUUUUGGGUCUGGCACGUGAAGAGGCGGGAGUGUUAGGUGGUGGUGUGCCCGGAUCCGAGGAAGUCAGUCAGGAUGAGCAAGGUGAAGAUGAGGAGGAAGAAAAUGAGGAGGGAGCCGUAACCGAAGGCAAUCAUACAGAAAGUAGCUCUUGCACAUCAAACGGCAAAGAGAAUGAUAAGCAAGAGAUAAAAGAUGAGGAGAAAGAGGAUGAAGAACCGAAGGACUCAAAAGACACGAAAGUUGAAGAAUUUGAAGGACUCGCAAAGGAUGAAAAGAAGGAAGAGUCUGAUAAGAUGGUGGACAAUAAGAUUGAAGAACAGAACAAGCAAAGAGAAGAAAUUCCUGGCUGUAGUCGAGAUUUUGACCUGCAUAAUGGCGAAGCUUCUGGUAGUGGUUUGAACAGAAAAAAAGAAGAAGAUGAAGAGGCGGAAGAAGAAGAUGUUGAAAAGGAAAAUGACGAGGACGAAAUCAACAAUCUACAGAUUGCAUGGGAAGUCUUAGAACUAGCGAAAUUGGUGUUAGUAAAACGCGGACCUCCAGGCUGGAAGUUUUUGGCUGAAGCUUAUCGCCUUCUGGGCGAGGUUGCGAUGGAGGGUAGCAACCAUGAAAGCGCACUGAUCGAUUUCAAGGCCUGUUUGAAUCUUCUGGAGAAAAUGACUCCACGCGAUCAUCGUGCGAUCGCCGAGAUUCAUUAUCAGCUCGGAUUGGCGCAUGCGAUGGCGAACAACUUUGACAUUAGCAUUGAACAAUUCAACCAGGCGUCUGCGCUGUUGGAAGCAAAGAUUGUGCAUUUGAAGACUUUGCAAGAUGAUCCACCCCAAUCUGAUGAUCCAUUCUACACCGUUGAAGGAGAGAUCAAGGAACUGCAGGAACUUCUUCCAGAGAUUCAAGAAAAAAUCGCAGAUAUUAAUGAUCUGAAGAAAGAAGCCAAUGUGCUCAAAGAGAUUAAAGAAGAGAGAUUGAAUGGAUGUUCUAGUGACGGUGAAGCGAAUGAGGCUUCUGGAAGUGGUAGUAGUAGUAGUAAGUCGAAACCUGCCAGCGAUAUAUCACAUCUGGUAAGAAAAAAGCGCAAAGCGGAGGACGAAGAGGAGACUGCUUCUCUUUGUAAGAAACCGAUGCAGGAAAAGGAAGCGUGAAAAGUGCGAGUAUCUGUUUUUUCAUAAUAA